CUGCUUUCAAACAUACCGAUUGUGGUCGAAACUAAUGAUUCGCAAUGCUUUAGAUGAAGAUUUUUUAUUUUUAGCGUUAUUAUGAUUAUUAAUUUUUGGUCACGAUUGAUGAGCGAUUUUCGCGCCACGCACGUCCAAGGGGCCUGGGCCCGUGUUCGUGUGUUUAGGUGCGAAAUAUAAAGUUAACUUUGAGCCAUUGCUUCCACGAUACAAUCGUUUUCUUUCAAAUUGCGGAUAUUUUUUUAUACCAAAACGUGAUCUUCUCGGAAAUAAGUUUGGAAUUGUAAUUUUGGCUGAGCUAUUCAGUCUUUUGACGGGGUCUACUCUCCGCUACACCUCGCGUCAGCUCUGAAGGCGAGAUCUCGUGAUCGAAGUAGGAUGUAGUUUGGUAAAGAGUGUGUUGCUAAUAAGUAAGCUUAUCGCCAUAGGUUUAAAUGUGAAAUAUUAACAUUUGUGUGCGCUUACCAGUCAUGAUCUAGGCAUUUCUAGCUCAAAUGUCGAGUGACGAAAGCGACGAGUCUGCUUUGUUAACUCGAAACACCAAACGGAGACGACUAGCUCGAUUGGAAUCGCUCUCUUCGGAUUCUGAGGGUGAACUUGACCUCGAUAUAAAUUCUAGAAUCAGCGUGACAAAAAGGAACUUAGUCAAAACUCCUAAGACUGAAAGUCAAAUACGGAGGAGUAAAAGAUCUAAUUUAAAAAGUUCGUCAGAGUCUGAUAAUGAGGACAACUAUUCCAAUAACAGCUCACCUAAACCUUCACCCAAAACACCUCGAACCAGGAAAAGUAGUAAUGGACGAAACUUGGCGGGAAAUUCCUGUCCUACUCCAACAUCUAGAAGCUCUGAGAGACUGAGACAAAAGGCCUCAAGGGAGUUUAAACUUCCACAGAGGGAUAAGGCUCUGGAAAGCAUUUCACCUGGAGUUUUGAGGAACGUUGAGUUAGAAGAAGAAAGGUGUAACUCUCUACGUCCUUGUCGGCUGGUAAAUGACUUCAUCAGAGAACGCAAUUCUUAUGUCACCGAGAGAGCGGCUGACUGUUAUCCAUCAGGAGACAGUCUGUCUGACUUUAUAGAUGACGAUGGUGAUGAUGAUGGUCAUAAUCCCACAUCAAGCUCAGAUGACUCCUCACCAAAAAUCAAACCUUGGAGUAAACUGCGCUCUGGAGUAGAAGAUGACCAACAAGCUGUGACGUCGAGGGAAAGGCAAGAAGAAAUAGGUUUUCCUUCUGAGGAUAGUGAUGUUCCAUUGUCAAGAAUUAGAAGAAGACAUGGUGAAAGCAAAUCAAAGCAAGUGCCUGAGAGUGAUGAUAGUUCUGAUGGUGUUAUUAUGAAAAGUACACAGAAAAGAAGACUGUCAAGCUCAAGAAAAUGUGUUAUCACAGAUUCAAGUAGUUGUGAUGAUCCUUAUGAAGAUAAACAAAGUGUCAAAAGAGAGAAAGAUUUGCCAGUCAAAAAGGCACCCACUGCUAGACCAAAGUCAAGAAGAGCAAGAACUUUAGCGAGAAAGAAGGAAGACUCAAAGCAACAAUUGUUUACUGAGCUCAAAGAAAAGCGAAAAAUGGCAAAACUUGAGCCCAAAACACGUAUAGCUCAAAAGGCAAAAGUGCAAGAAAGUCCAGAGACUUCUGAAGAUGAAGAGUAUAAUGAUACAUGUGACCUGGCUUUAAGUAUCUGGGGGGAGCUGGGAGAUUCAGAUGAAUAUGAGAAGGAUUUUGUUGUCUCUAAUGAUGAGUCUGAAGAUGGCAUGAAUUCUGAAGAAGCCUCACACUUUAUUAAACUUCUAGACACAUUCAGUCACAAAGGUGGCAAUAUUGAAUCUGCAGAACAGAACAAACAGUACAUAGAGAAGAGUCCUAGAAAACACAAACUGGGAAAAAGACUAUCUAAAUGGAAUCGCAUUGUGAAACAAGAUGAAUCAGAAAGUGAGGAUGGAACAUUAGCUGAGUGUACAACAGACCAGAACAAGAGUAUUCCCUUGCAUUUAGCUAUACUUGAUGAUGAUAUUAAUGGAGCAAAAAAGUGUCUGGAAGACUCAGCUGAUAGUAUUUAUGAACGUGGACCAAGUAAGAGAACAGCCCUUCACUUGGUCGCUCUACAGGGCAAUGCUAUCAUGAUGAGAAUUCUCCUAAGGUAUGGAGCAGAUCGCACUGCUCUGGACAAGUAUGGAUUCCCAGCUAUUGCUUAUGCUGCAAACGGACAUCCAGACUGUCUUAAGGUACUCCUUGAUCGUGUAGACUUAAAGUCAAUUAAUAAAACAUUAAUGAAGUCUAAGAGUGGGAUGAACAUGCUGCAUUUUGCUAUUGGAGAAGAUAGAAGUGGUUCUGGGUGUUCUACCAGGGGCAGAUGUAUGGACAUGCUAUUUUCACAUGAUAAGAAGGCUUGUGUAAAGGUACUGGAGCGUAGGGACUCCAGGGGACUGUCGCCUCUUGCCGCUGCUAUUUAUGCAGGACAACACCAGUGUGCUGCAAUUCUUCUAAAAUAUGGUGCCAAUCCAAACACUUUUAAGACAGCCAAUGGAGGAAACAUGCUUCACUUUGCUGUAGAGUGUGCUUCGUAUCUUGAGGGUGGCAAUGAUUUCAAUAACUCACUUUGCCUGAGGCAGUUGCUAAACCCUUUAAAGCUUGUUAUUGAUCAGCGGGACCAAGAACAUGACUUCACACCUCUGAUGCAGUCAUGCCUGAGUGGAAAUGCGGAUUGCCUUGCUGCUCUCAUUGAUGCCGGUGCCACUGUCAUGAUCACUGAUAGCCACAAAACAUCCGCACUCCACCUGGCUGCUAUGGCAGGAAAUACCAGAUGUGUCCAGUUACUCCUGGAUAGUGGACACCCAGUUGACUGCCUGGACAAGUAUGGGUGGCCACCACUGCUAUACGCAAACUUUAAGGCUCAGGAGAGUUGUGUCUUGGCUCUGAUGAAACCCAAACCCGAACAGCUGUUUGUAUUAGGAGACCUUCUAAAGAAGCCUAGUAAUGAGGCCCAGAAGGAGAAGACAUUCAAAGUUGUCAAGAAUGCGCUAAUCUCCCUUGCAAAUCACGAUGCAUACUAUACUGUGUUUAAUGACUUCAUUCGACGCAACCCGGAGAUGCUCGAGGAGAACAACCACGGUUUGCUUCAGUGUACAUGGAGGGCAAUUCUUGACUUCGACAACAAGCGCCGCUGGUUCAGAGCUAAGAUCAGAACGCUAAAGUCAUCAUUCUCAGCGGGUGGCAGCCGAUCCUUGAGCGUGGACCGUUCGGAUGUACUAGGCUCCGCUAUGCAACAGCUAGCCCGUCUACAACCACACGUAUUCAGACGUCCUUUUUGCGUUACCUUCCGUAAUGAAUCUGGUAUUUGCACGGGUCCCAAGAAGGAGUUCUUUAUCUGUCUAUGCAAAGACGCUGUCGACCCUAAAAGGGGAUUGUUCACACUAACUGACGACUCGCAGUUUAGUCCACUCCCUAAUGCCUACUUUGCGAGAUUCACAAAAGACGUCGGACAAAAAGGGGUUGAUGCUGGAAAGGCAGGAGGAAAAGCAAACUUUACAACAGCAGAUCAAGAAGGAUCUACUCAGACGAACAUUGGCGGAACUGUGGCAGCCGUGAUAACGGAAACAUCACACUCUCAAACAGCAAGCGGAAUUACAGAGUGUGCGGAUAAUGGAUGCCUUACCACUAGGGAAACAGCCUCGUGCUCUAAUGAAGAGCUUCUCGUCCCUGUAGAUAGAAUAGAUGCGAUUAAUGCGGAUAGAUCAGCCUCUAUCAUCCCAGGAGAAAUCGGCAAUAAUCUGGGAGACCAAGAAGCUGAUGCGGUGGUUGCUGGAUCUUUCAGAGCAGAUAGUGGUAGAUCUUUAGAUGAAGAACUAAUCGAUAUAUGUGUUGUAACGUCACUCGUCGUCGCUGGAACCAGCUCCUUGGGGAACAGACAGGCAGUUGAGCAUGUUACUGAGAAUUGUUCCGAUUCAGAGUUGAUGGCUGCAGUGAUGAUGGAACAAGAAGUCGAUCAAGAACUUGUAUCAGAUUUAACACCAGCCAAUAGAGACAAUGAAACAAUUGAUAGUCAAGAAAACGACGGGGACCAAAAAACAGACAAUGCUGUCACUAGGGAAUCGCUGGAAGGGGUGUUUCGAAGAACUGAUCAAGGAGUUUCUGGAAUGGUUGAUCAGGGCAACUCUGGGAGCAUCGAUCAACAGGGGUCGCAUGCUUCAGAGACGAUGUCAUUGGGCGCUGACCAGGCUACUGAGGGUGGAGAUUUGCCUCGGAACACAAACAUCACACAAUCUAUUAUUUCAGAGACAGAACUACACUCUUCUCUACACUCUUCCAGUGUAGCGGGAAACCCAGAAGACCAAGAAAAGACCUGGAUGAAAUGUGAGGAAUGGAAUCCAGAGACGAACGUGAGCGUGGCCCUGCGAUUAAAGCUUCGACAGCUGCGACUGAUCGGACGUCUUAUUGGCGCUGCCAUCUGUGAUGAUCUGCUGCUCAGCCUGCACUUAUCCAAGCCAUUCGUCAAACAGAUCCUUGGGAUACCUUUAUCUCAUCCUGACGACCUAAGCUCUUUCGAUCAUGAGCUCCACAGCAACCAGAUCACUUGGGUUCAAGAGAACAGUGUUGACGAUCUCGGGUUUACAUUCAGUAUUGACGCCACUAACCCCUGGACCGGACGCCCUGUCACCAUUGAUCUGUCCGAAAAUCCAGACGAAGAGUUGACGGACAGUAAUAAGAGUGAGUAUGUGAAGCUAGUGUCGCAGUUCAAGCUCCAGGAUUCUAUCGCAGCUGAAGUGAAAGAGCUUGCCGGUGGCUUGAAUGAGGUUGUUCCUCAAGACUUGUUGUCGUUUUUCACCGCGGAUGAGUUCUCGCUCCUUAUCAAUGGCGUCUCCAAGAUUGAUGUCCAAGACUGGAGAGCGAACACGCUGUAUCGCGGUUGCAAGGAAAGUGACGAGAUAAUCACAUGGUUGUGGAAGACGAUCGCGAGCUUGAAGGAGGAAGAGAAGGCACUACUUUUGAAGUUCUCCACCGGUUCACCCUGUGUUCCUAUUGGUGGAUUUGCUGCCCUGCAGGGUUUAAGUGGAGCAAACAAGUUCACUGUUUCAAAAAUAAUGGGAGUAAACAAGAUUCCCGAAGCUUCUACAUGUUUCAACCUACUCAAGCUCACAAACUAUGAGAGUGAAAAACAGCUGAGAGAGAAGCUGCUGAUAGCUAUUCGCCAUGGCUCAGAGGGUUUCAGUUUCGCAUGAACUUUAGAAAAAAACUUUUUUAUCAGACAACUGGGAGUGGUCAUAUGGUACAGUAUAUUUUUAAUUUUCAGAGAUCACUCAUAGUAAACUCUUCAUGGCCAUAGUUAGAAUUUUAUUGCUUGAGGGCAAGCCAUAACUAUCUGUAACCGACGGCAAGGGCUUGCACGCAGGACACGAACUAAUAUUGCUCAAUGUAAUUGAAAACACAUUUAUUAUAGCAAAAGCCAAAUUAAAAUGAACGAAUUUACAAUUUUACAAACAUGUAGCCAAAUGAAUAAUUGUUGUAGGAUGGUCUAAAAUAUAGUACAGGAUAGUACUAGGAACUGUAUCUUAACGGUAAUAUAAACGGGUACUACAAACGGUAGUUCAAACGGUAGUUCAAACGGGAACGAAAAUAAGGCAUUACAAUCUUGCUAGAAGCAAGUUCUUUCGUCUUCUUUCAUCGAUGCUCUUUCCAAUCCAAAAUAUUGUUGUCGUUCUUACUGUUCUUACUUCGCAACUGAUUGUUACUAACAAAAGUGCCUCUAUUUACAGUCGGUGGAACAAGGAAAGGACAUGCCUAAAAUUGCAGAAAGGUGUAGGAUAGUCCUGCGCAUUUCCGUAGCUAAAUAACGCGGCCAGGAAGCCCUUUGCUCCUACCGACGCGUAGGAAGUAGAUUACACUAUCUAACCUAAGAUAACUUUGGGAUGUGAUUCGUGCGCCGCCUAGAUGCACGUUUUAGCACGUAGGUGUUGCCUACGAGUUUCUGAAUCACAUACCAAUCACAUUGCUAAGCACUGAGUCUAUCUGUGAAACAAACUAAAUUUUAAAGCUAAACUACAAAAUACAGUAAAAUAAAGUCCAUGAUUUGAUGAUUAUCAAUGUUCAUAUACUAACUAGUAGUGACCCUGUCACUUGUAUUUGUGGAGAAGGGGGGGGACACCAUAGACUUAGACUUUAGACUUUUUUAUUGUAUCAAAUUGUUAUUUGUAGUAGGUGUGACUGAUCCGCAAAUAGACGAGCUAAUCGAGACGGAUCAGUCACUUACUUAUUUACAUAAAUAUUAAAUAUAAUUGUAUAAGCAAAGUUAAGUGAGCACUAGUAUAUUAUUAAAAUUUGAAUAUUUGAAAAAUUUUGGGAGAAAAAUGAAAAUUUAAAUAAACACUUCUGGUCUUAGAGAAAAAAGAGCAUUAACAGCAUUAUUUAUCUGAUGA